UCUGAAUACCAAUUGCUGGGAAUUCCUAGUGAGGGAAGUGCUACUGCACUCAUGUCUUGCUUGUGGGCUUCCUAUAGACAUCUGGUUGGCUACUGUGGGACCAGGAUGCUGGACUAGAUGGGCCUUUGGUCUGAUCCCACAAGACUCUUCUUAUUGCUAAGCAGCCUCAAAAGGGUGGGGGAGACACAACUGCUGAACUAGUUGCUUUGGGUAGCCCCCGCCUCUAUGAAGCCUAAGAAAAUGAGAGGCAGGAAUGGCACUGGACUCCAUUUCACCUCCCUCCCUCCCAUAUACCAUGGCAUUUUCAUCUUCAGAAGGUGGAGCUGCUACCACAGCUGAAAGUAGAUAUAGACAGAGAGCAAUUCAGACUUCACCUCUUUUUUUCUUUUCUUUCAGAGCAAUAACCUACAGAUGGGCUGCAAUGGCAGCCUUACAUCUCUACUAUUCUUGAAGGUUCAAAAAACUUGCCUUGUCCAAGAAUGUGUGGUUUCGAAAUUCAGUUCUUGAGUUACAAAGAUAACUAAAUGACCAUGGAAUCUGGCGCAGAGAACCAACAGAGUGGAGAUACAGCCGUUACAGAGGCAGAAAACCAACAGAUGACUAUACAGGCACAGCCACAAAUUGCAACAUUAGCACAGGUAUCUAUGCCAGCAGCUCACGCAACAUCUUCUGCUCCCACUGUGACCUUAGUACAGCUCCCUAAUGGGCAGACAGUUCAAGUCCAUGGCGUUAUUCAGGCUGCCCAGCCAUCAGUUAUUCAGUCCCCACAAGUCCAGACAGUACAGAUCUCCACCAUUGCAGAAAGUGAAGAUUCACAGGAAUCUGUGGACAGUGUCACAGACUCCCAGAAACGCAGAGAAAUUCUUUCUCGACGGCCUUCCUACAGAAAAAUCUUGAACGACUUGUCCUCAGAUGCCCCAGGAGUGCCAAGGAUUGAAGAAGAAAAGUCUGAAGAGGAAGCAACAGCACCUGCCAUCACCACUGUCACGGUGCCAACACCAAUUUAUCAGACAAGCAGUGGGCAAUACAGGACUGGUGUUGCUGAUAUCCACCAUCAAUAUGGCAAUGCUGUGCAUGCAGUUGCUAUUACCCAGGGAGGUGCAAUCCAGUUAGCUAACAAUGGCACAGAUGGAGUACAGGGCCUGCAGACUCUUACCAUGACCAAUGCCGCUGCCACCCAGCCAGGUACCACCAUUUUACAAUAUGCACAGACCACUGAUGGACAACAGAUUCUUGUACCCAGCAACCAAGUUGUUGUACAAGCUGCCUCAGGAGAUGUCCAGACCUACCAAAUUCGCACAGCACCUACAAGCACCAUUGCGCCUGGUGUCGUCAUGGCCUCCUCCCCAGCCCUUCCUACCCAGCCAGCAGAGGAAGCAGCACGAAAGAGAGAAGUCCGCCUAAUGAAGAACAGGGAAGCAGCACGUGAGUGCCGCAGGAAGAAAAAGGAAUAUGUCAAAUGUCUAGAAAAUAGAGUGGCUGUGCUUGAAAACCAAAACAAGACAUUGAUUGAAGAGCUAAAAGCACUUAAGGACCUUUACUGCCACAAAUCGGAUUAAUUUUAGAUCUCCAUUUUUGGGUUUGUUAAUGUCAGAGAAAGACUGGUUUGGUGACAGCCAGAAAGACAAAGUGAACUUUUUAUUUUCUAAACAUUUCUUUUUUUUUCUACGCGCAAAACUGCCUGAAAGCAACUGCAGAAUUUAAUUCGUCUGUGCUUUGCAUUAAACUGUGAAUGUUGAAA